CGUGACGUAUAGCGCAUCGCCGAGUCGAUCAUGGUAAGCUUACCAUACCCAAAGCUCACCUGAACAAGUGCCUUUAAUUUAUCUGCAACGUUCCAAGGUUGCUUCCUUCACUUCCACCACCGUUCCAACUACUCUUCGUCUGGAACCCGAAUCAUCAAAUGAGCAAUGUCGGGCAACAUCUCUUAUCUGGGGCUUUAUCGGGUUUCACUUCAGCUAUUUUUCUUCAACCUUUUGAUUUGCUCAAGACGCGCCUGCAGCAAGGUGACGGCGCGCUGACAUCCCGAAAGACAGGAAUUAUGCUGCGCACUGCACAGGAUAUCGCUGUUAGAGAUGGUCUCGUAGGUUUGUGGCGAGGAACGAGUGCUACGCUUGUCAGGUAAUUCGCACAAUUAUUCUUCUCAAGGUAUUCUGUUCCUUCACGUGAACUCAUCCAGAAACGUUCCUGGAGUCGCUCUGUAUAUGACGAGUCUCACCC